AUGCCUCUCCACCUUGUCAGAGGGAAGAUGGCGGUGAUUCAGGAAGAACUACUUUCAUUACGGAACUCUGAGAGUGAGAAAAUGGAGCUUAUCAGUGAAAAUAAGACGAGGGCUCUUGAAUCCUCACUACAAAAGGAGAAGGAUGCGGCGGCGAAGUUGGAACAGGACCUAAUUCGAGCUAGGGAAAAGCAGAGUGAAACGACAAAUUUAUUGACCGAAGUUCAAAAAGUGGAAAAAGUGUCGUGUAAAUGGAUGACCCAGCUCUUCAAAAGUGUCAAGUCACUGGGACAGGGCUCCAAGGCUUUGCAUGCCCAUUUAAAAGUCCUUUUUCCCACUGAAGAUAGGGAUGAUAGGGAUGCAGCGUCGCAUUCAAAAACACUUUCUAGUAAGGAAGUUUCUACGAUAGUUGAACUUCUCGAUGCUUUGGACUCAGUUCAGAAUGCCGCAAAUGCAUGUGUGGUCGAAGCCAGGUCCGCAAUUCCCGAUCUAGAAGCAGUCGAAUUGGAGAUGACCAAGCUCGGUGCAGAGGCACUUGGAAUGGCGAACCUCCCACCCAAUCUCAAUCAUGCACAGUCUGUGGAAGAAUACCUUGUGGAGCGAAUCUUGGAGGUGAAAAAUUCAGAGUGGUCAGCACGUCAGGUUGCAGAGAUGCAGAAGGAAGAAAUCGCUCGACUUAAUGCCCUGAAUACCACUGCACAUAAGACAGUUAGGCGAAAGAAGCCUUUAUUUGGGCAUAUCUUUUAA